GACAGUAAGCGGAUUGAGUCUGUCCAGUCAGCGAAACUAUCCUACAGACUCGCUUCAUGUUAUCAUUCACACGCUUGCGUUUACCUUCAUAACGUUACACUUUCCUUUCAAGCCGCGAUGUUUACCAUAUUUGCGAAGAUAAGAGACCGCGUCGAGGCUUUUUUGAACGAGAAGAAUAUAGUCACUGACUGCCUCAAUAAAAUCGAAGAAAAAACAGGCAUCAAGAAACGCUAUUUAGCGCUCGGUGCUGCUGGUGUGACCGGAGCCUAUUUAUUAUUUGGAUACGGUGCUUCUCUGCUCUGUAAUCUGAUUGGUUUUGUUUAUCCUGCAUAUUACUCUAUCAAAGCAAUAGAAAGCCCUGAUAAGGAGGAUGACACACAAUGGCUGACAUACUGGGUAAUCUACGGCUUCUUCAGCGUGGGCGAAUUCUUCUCUGAUAUUUUUCUCCACUGGUUUCCUUUCUACUAUGUGUGUAAGUGCUUGUUCCUGUUGUGGUGCAUGGCUCCAGUCUCCUGGAACGGUUCUCAAGUUCUGUACAGGCAUGUGGUGCGGCCAUUUUUCCUGAAGCAUGAAGCCAGAGUAGACGAGAUGGUCAACAAUAUAGGAGGGAAGGCCAUGUCAGCAGCUGAGAACGCCACUAGAGAGGUUCUUCAGACUCUGGUGAGAAACCGGACUAUAGGCCCAUCCGAGCCUGAAGUCAGAAGACUGCCCAGUUCUGCUCCUACUGAACCCACUGUUGAUUAAAGAAAUACAGGUGGCUAACGUGAUCUGAGGAUGACACCAACUUGCAAAAGAUUCAACAUCCUGUUGAAGACAUAAAUUCAGACAUGACAGCAGUAUCAUGUGGUCUCAUUGUAAAGACGAAUCGAUGCCUGAUUUACACAAAGCCAUAGUCAGGAGUGAAGCUUUAGACUUUUUAGUUUAAUAACAUGGUUUCUUUAUUUUUACCAUUAAUAUAAAUUUGUUCAAAUUGUUAAACGUCUUCUUCAGCAAACAUAGCAAAACGGAAAUGUACUUUAGGGAAUUCAACAGGCACUGUGUUUUUUAUUUGCUUAUUGGAAGUAAUUUAUUGUAUUGAUUGCAUCUGUCAGGGAUUUUGUAAUCUUAUUAUUAUAAUAAAAAAUGUAUCACACAACAAUAAAUUUUUUUAUACAACAUUUGAAAAGAUACUUU